GGUAAAACAGCCCCCAUGUUGCCUCCACAUGCUCCACGGUGGAUCAAGAGUGAAGUUGUUGUUGAGCUCUGGCAGGGGCUGCAUCUCCUUCCCUGCUGUGCAAAAGAUAAUUUUUGGUUUCUUCUUGCGUGUUAUUCAGAUGAUUGGUUGGUGACACAUUAGUGCAGCAGCCAAAUGAUCAGUGUGUGGUUUGGUUUAAUGGGAAUCACCAGUAUAAAUGAGACUAAAUGGACUGUGUAAUCUCUUGUCAUUUUUCUCUUCUAAUUGGUAAUUACUUUGACUUAACUUUAAAUCGUUGUGUUGCCCUUUAUUUAAGGCAACCAAACCAUUCAUUCCUCUUUGCAGAAUGGGGUUUUUUUCCCUUCUGCAAACUUUUCUCAGAGGGUGAUAAAGCGGUGGCAGUCACACUGGUUUAGACAGAAGGUGCAGGCUGACCUUUCAGUUAUAAUAAACUACAAAAUAGAAAGAGUAGUCUGGAAAUAAAAUCUGGAAAAGCUCUGCCCAUGCAAUUUGACAACAAAUGCAAAAAUGCAGUGAAAAGAGUCGUUUGACUGAUCAAAGAACUUCUGAACAGUAAAUAAUUUCUUACGUCCUAAUACAGUGUAGACAACCCCUCCUGAACCAUCAGUGGUAGUUAGCAGAUGCCCCCAUCAACCUGUGAUUAUUAAAGCUUUUUGUAAACAACACCAACACCAAAGAAGAACAGUUGGCUUACUAUCCAAAAUCCAAAUAACUAUAAUAUUUGAGCGCAUUUAGAUUUGGUCAGUCUUCCUUUUAAGGACGUCUCCCUGUGAACAUGUCAACGGCACAGCUUAAUUUUGGGAUUGCUUGAUGGAAGUCACGCUCUGACCGUCUGCAUGUGUGCAUCUGCAGUUUUACCACAGACCUCAAACACACAGACCAAGCAUCAACCCGGCUUCCAUGUUAAGGGUCCAAACAUCAAAUAUCAGUAGAUGAGCUCAUGAUGUCCAAGCUCCUCAAAAAUCGUCCAUCAAGUUAGAAAAAACAGAAGCGUGCUCAUCAACCGGGAUCAGAGUUAUCCUGAAAAGUUCUAAGACGAUUAGCAUCAAACAACCAAAAACUGUGGUACAUCCCAUUUCCUGCCCAUUCAUGGUUCAGAAAGGAGUGUUUUCAUUACAUUGACGUAAUGAAAACCUGCCCCACGUGUCUGAUGUGUUUCCAUCUUAACCAAAAUUCAGUUCAAUUUACUUUCAUUUUUUCAUAUAUAGCAACAAUAGUCAUGUAAAGUGCUUUAUAUUGUAAGAUAAAUAUCCUCGGAUGUUAUAGAAAGAACCCCAAGGUAAGAACCACUUGUGAGGGUGGUCAGAGCAGGACUUUCAAGGAGAUCUCUAAAAAUUAUUAGCAGUGCUGGCAGCAGUCCAUAGAUGCACCCGGAGAAGACCUUGAAAGGGAUAUGGGCCAAAUGGAAAUCAGGUAGUUUUUAACCUUUAAUGGGAAGAAGGAACAUUUUUCAUGGCACCUCGAUAGCCUGUGAACAAAGGAGUUUAGGAGGACUUGAGGGUGAAGAAGUUGCGCUUUCAUUAAACCGAAUACAAAAAACACAAGAGCCUCACAAACUGACACCACAGAACUUACAGUUACACAUCUUACAUGUCAAAUACUCUUUGUUAAGUUGAACCUUGGUUUAACAUAACAAACGGACAUGUUUUUACCUCCAGGGCAGCCUCUGAGAUCUGUUUGCUUGAUAAAAUCUCCGCUCUGCUUCUUCCAUCACUUGGUUUCUGCACUGCUUGCAGGCCAAAGAAUCAUCUGACACCCUCGAAGAAAACAUGUUUAAUUAUCUUUUCAAAUUGCCAUAAACGGCAAUGGACUUUGUAAAUGAAACUCUGACUUAACAAACAACUUCACUCUAGAGCAGGCGAAGGAGGAGGAGGAGCUUGGAACCAACAUGGCCGCCCCUGUGGGUGCCCCUUCCUAUAUCACUCCCUACUUUCCUCUCUCUUCCACUGAUAUCAACAGCAGACGUCAAUGACGGGACACAUUUCAGAGUCAUUGAUGGAAAUUCAAUCAGAUCUUUUAUUUCAAAGAAACUAAAGUGUGACUCGCUCCAUGAAGGACAAGGUGACCAAGCCCACCGCCAUGGCCCAGGGUCGAGUGGCCCACAUGAUAGAGUGGCAGAGCUGGGGCAAACCAUCUGCGGGUCCGCUAGGGGGAGCGGGCCAUACCAACCUUCAGAGGGAAAAGGAGAGGAGGAUGGAGAACGACGCUUACAGUGACCUUAGCGAUGGCGAGAAGGAGGCUCGUUUUGCUGCAGGUAUCAUGCAACAGUUUGCAAUUUCUGAGGCGACUCUGUUUGGUUGGAACUCGAUGGACGGGGAGAGCAUGGGAGCCGGCUCCAACCAGGGCAGCGUCGCCCACCUGAGUGAGGUCAACCAGGAGAGCAUCACCAGCAGAGACCAGGUGCUCCAUCACUCCUCUGCGGAUGUCUGGCCUCACACCUACGUCUCGCAGGGCCUGUACUGCCUGUCGUCUUCUGACGCCUGGGACCCAAUCACCAGCCAGCCCUCGGGCGUGGCAUCGCCUGCUGCAGGCUCCUACAUCAUGGCUGCCGGUGGCAGCAAUGGAGCAGGAGGCACACCUGGUGAGGGGUACGAGGGGACAGUAGGAAGUUACAUUCAGCAGCACCAGGUUCAACUCGCCCUGCAGCAGCAGAGUCAACUCCAACAUCUCCAACAGCUUCAUCACUACCAGCAGCAACAGUUUCUGCAGUACCAACAACAGCAGCAGUCUAUGGAGCACAGGCUACACAGUGCCUCCCAUUCACUCCAAGCCACGCCCAAUAGCACCAUCCACAGCCUCGGUCCACCCACUCACCCUCGGCUAGCUGACCUGUGGGGAGCAGCACAGGUUGAGGCACAUCAGGUGGAGAUCGUUGGACACUUGAAUGCACAGAUGGCUGACAUGGUCGGAGGCGUGGUGGAGACGGUCGGAGAAGAGCCCGAGCCCGAGUCUGAAGACUUCCCUGAACAGCGUGAAGAGGAAGAGGAGGAGCUAACAAAGGUAGAAGAGGUAACAUUAACUUUGGAGCCAGAGCCGUGCUCUUUGACGCCCUCCCCGCUGAGGGAAGAUGCCCCUUCGACCAGAGGUUCAAGCCCAGGACUACCAGCACAGACCACCGAACCCGUCGCAGAGAGGAUACCCUUUGACGUCACGCCCUGCGUCGUCCAGUCAUUGGAAGAGAAAGAUGAAGAGGCAGACGAGGGCUCCAUUGUUGUUGUUGCAACCAACUGAGUCAUUUGGACGAAACACUGUCAAAAACUGGAAAUUAAUACUUCAAUAAUCAGUCAAGCUAUUAUCCCAACCCCUCCCUCUCCCAAAUAUUUACCUACUUUGAGGCCGAGGAAAUGCGACUUUUUUUUCGAUGAGAAUGUGGGAUGUAAUGUACACUAUGGCCAAGGAGACACCCCUACCACCAGUCUAGUAUGGGAAAUCUGGAAUAUCACAUAUAUGAGACUAAUUAACUUUAAUUUAAGACAGAAGAGAGACUUGAAUUCAGUGACUGCUGAAACGAGCUGUUUGAGAAUAAAGAUGUAUUCAAUAAACAGUUUGGACUGACUGGAACAAAGAACCAGGACUGAAAGCCAAACUGGCAACACAGGGAUGGGGAAAAUUAAAAGAAAGGAUAAGAAGAAAAAAGUUAAGGGCCUAUUUAUAAAUUCAGCGCAAUACAACAAACAUGGGCACAAUCAGGGUUUGCAAAUAAUUCAGAGUGGUUGUUUCAAGAUGCUUUCAGCAUCAGAAGUAGGCUUUUGUAUGCAAAAAUAAAAACCCCUCUCAAGGCCAGAAAUACCUGGUCAGAGAGCAGCUUGAUUGGCUAAUUAAUGUGUUUAGGUUUGACUGACGGCUGAGAUGUCUUGAUGAGGUAAAGACGGCGUAAUCUAGAACUCAUGGCAACCUGAGGCAUGCACUUGGAGUUAUUUGCAAACACUUGCUCUGGACACAACCAAAAGAACGUGCAUGCUUUUUAACAGUGAACUAGCCCUAACAGUAUAACACAGUAAUACAAAGUAAUAAUAUAUCAAAUUGCUUUUUAUAAUAAAAGGAAAAAAAUCAAAUAAACCGAUAUGUAUUUGUAUGAAUGUAACACUGUAUGUAUGUUUGUAUGAAUGUAGCUUCGUUUGUGUGUAAAAUAUAUAUUCUGGGAAACAAAUUCCUCUCUGUGCUGUUCUGUGCCAAAAACGUUUUUUCUCCUGUGAUGCCUUCAUUAAGAUAAUGUGUUACCUCUUUGCCUUAAUGAGCAACUUUCUAAACAGGGGAGAGCUGUCAAGGUUUAUGCAGGACACGAAGGCAGACAUGAUGGAAAAUUGAGCCAUUUAUCGGCUGCUUACCCAACGCAUGAAAGACAAUUAACCACAAAAUGAGACAUGAGGAGGAUCAAACACGAGAACACCAAGGGAACCAAACACACAAACAUCCAACUCAAACUAGGAGCUGACGCUUAAGACAGAUGAAGAAUUCAAAACUAACGCUAGAGCAGCAACCAUCUAAUCAGGAAUCAGGAAGCCACGAAAACAGACUUCAAAUUAAAAAAAGGUCAAAAUAAAGCUCAACACACUGGAGUAACAAUGAACGCAUGAACCCAAACUAGAAGAGGACAUUACUAGAAAACCCUGAAGUAAAAACAGACUCUGGAAUAUCACAAGGAAUCAACUCACUGUCAAAUAAAUAAUCACUAACUGAAAUACAGAAUCUCCUUUGAGAGUCUGUCUUUGACUGUGAGUGCUGCACUCUGGAGCUAAACAUUGUUGAAACAUUUUAAUUAUGUCUUAGUUUUUAGUUUCAUUUUAUGGCUUUUAUUGUAGUAAAACACCUUCCUAUAACUCUUCCUUUAACUGCCAUUUAUUGUAUCUACCAGUAAUGCAGUUACAUUUGAUUACCACAACCACAGUUACACUUGUAAAGUUAUCAUGUAGAAAGUAUUUUUGAUGAUUCAAUAGGGACUCCUUUAUUUUUGCCAUGUGCAGGAAUUUAUAUUUGGCCAGAGUUACUAGGCGGGACAAAUAAAAGUGACGUCUCAGUGAUCAUAAGGGAUGUUUGCAGGUGAUCCAUUAGGAAGUGAUAGUGAACGAGCACAAGCUUUACGCAUGUGUUUCUCUCCAGAAGCAGCAAAUGAAGUAAUGUGGGAGCAGGAGGGGAAGGUGAAUUGAUAUGUUCUAGUAUUAGGGGUGUCUUUGGACUGUGUAUAAGUCUGUGUAUAACAGCCGGGCUAUAGGAUGUGUAGAGGAAUAACACAGUGCAGAAAUUACCCCAUGAUCCUGACUAAUCCAGGAAUUAAUAAAUUACUCCUUUUGUUCCAUGUGCGUUAAAUACAGACAUUUUUUUCCCUGCAUGCCAUGUGAUGUUGCAGCUAUUAAAAGUCAGAGAAAAGAAUCUGACUCAGCUACCUGAGGGCAAUAAACAAACCUCUUUUUACAAAAUCCCCAUUAAAUUCAGUGAUGGCUACACAACAUAUGCCAAGACUCAACUCAACAAUUCAACUCUGAGUCACAUUAUUAGCCGUAUUUUGCCAGACUUCUCUAUAAGUUAUGUAAUAGAUCUAAUACGGCAUACAGAGCAAAAUGCAUAAAUGUGAUUUGUGCUGAAUAAAGAUGCACAAAAGCU